AUGCCGAAUGAACACUCCCCUCUGAUCACCUCUGGGGUGUGUGGACUGACCCUGACCACAGCAUGCGGCACAGCGUCAGACUCCCCCCAGGAACCCAACGCCGGGAAACCGGCUCAGGACCCGCGGAGGCUGAACACCUUCUUUGGGGUGAUGGUCCCGACCAUCCUCUCCAUGUUCAGCAUCAUAUUGUUUCUGAGAACAGGGUUUGUGGUGGGUCAUGCAGGGUUGCUGCAGGGUCUUUUGAUGUUGGUGGUUGCCUACACCAUCAUAUCUCUCACAGUGCUCUCCAUCUGUGCCAUUUCAACUAACGGAGCUAUUCAGGGCGGCGGAGCUUAUUAUAUGAUCAGUCGCUCUCUGGGACCUGAGUUUGGAGGGAGCAUCGGUUUGAUGUUCUUUUUUGCCAAAGUAUUUGCAUGUGGAGAGUACGUCCUGGGUCUUGUGGAGGCCAUUCUAGAUGUAUUUGGAGCAGAUCCUGAGUCCUCUGUGUCUGAAGGGUGGCGGGUGCUCCCUCAGGGUUACUGGUACACCGUUCUGUACUCCUCUGUGGUCCUCCUGCUGUGUCUCCUCGUGUGCCUGGUGGGCGCCCACAUUUACUCUCGCACGGCCUUCGCCAUCCUGCUGGUGGUCACCGUGUCGCUGUUGUCCGUCUUCAUCAGCACCGUGGCGGUGAAAGCGAAAGACUUCGUCGUUGUCCACAAGGGGCCGGGUAACCAGACGCUCCGCUACAACGCCAGCUACACGGGUUUUAGCGCCACUACGCUGAGGAACAACCUGGGCUCUGGUUACUCUUUGGACUACAGCACCAACUCCGUCAUGUCGUUUGCCACGGUGUUUGCAGUCAUGUUCACCAGCUGCACCGGGAUCAUGGCUGGAGCCAAUAUGUCAGGGGAGCUGAAGACUCCAAGUAUUUCCAUCCCUAAAGGCACCAUCAUAGCAGUCUUCUACACCUUCACUGUCUACGUCCUCCUCUUUAUCUUGGUCAGCGCCACAUGCAAUAGGACACUCUUGAUUCAAGACUAUGGGUUCCUACAGCGGAUAAAUAUCUGGCCGCCGUUUGUCACUGUUGGAAUAUACUGUGCUUCUCUGUCAGCGGCAAUGUGUGCUAUGAUCGGAGCUUCCCGCAUCCUCCAUGCGCUCGCUCUGGAUCAGCUCUUUGGGUUGCCCUUGGCCCCAGCGACAAUCAAAUCUAACUCUGGGAACCCAUGGAUUGCGGUGCUGUACACCUGGGGCCUGGCACAAUGUGUGGUGUUUGCAGGGCAGCUCAAUGCUGUAGCAAGUCUGGUGACAGUUUUCUACCUGCUCGCCUACGCUGCUGUAGAUCUGGCCUGUCUGGCUCUUGAGUGGGCGUCUGCACCAAACUUCAGGCCGACCUUCCAGCUCUUCUCAUGGCACACCUGUCUGCUGGGGAUCCUCAGCUGUCUGGUCAUGAUGUUCGUCAUCAACCCCGUAUACUCCUCAGGCAGCAUCGUCCUGCUCCUGGUCCUCCUCCUCUUCCUCCACUACAGGUCACCCACCAGCAGCUGGGGUUACAUCAGCCAGGCUCUUAUUUUCCACCAGGUGCGGAAGUAUCUGUUGAUGCUGGAUGUGAGGAAAGACCACGUGAAGUUCUGGAGGCCCCAGGUCCUGCUGAUGGUGUCCAACCCUCGCUCCUCCAGUCAGCUUAUUCUGUUUGUGAACCAGCUGAAGAAGGGCGGGCUGUACGUGUUGGGUCAUGUGCAGCUGGGAGAUCUGGACUCCCUGCCAUCAGACCCUCUGCAGGCCCAAUACAACUUUUGGCUGAGUCUGGUUGAUAAACUUGGGGUGAAGGCCUUUGUAGAUCUAACUCUGUCUCCCUCAGUCAGGCAAGGAACACAGCAUCUGCUGCGCAUCACAGGACUUGGUGGCAUGAAGCCCAACACACUGAUUUUAGGUUUCUACGACAGCUGCACUCCUGAUGAUUUCUUCCUGCAGGAUUCUGCCUUCUGUCGCUCAUCUGUGGGAGAAGGCAGCGAGUCGGAGUUCAAUUUUGGGGUCGACCUGCCUUCGCUGCAGGCCCAUUUCCCUCCUGUCCGGCAUGUUGAGAGCACCCGGUGGCUGCUGCCCGAGGAGUAUGUUGGCAUAAUUUCUGAUGCCAUUAAAAUGAAUAAAAACGUAUGCCUCGGCAGAUACUUCUUCCAGCUGCGGGGAGAAGAUAAAGACAGCAAAGUGGACGGAUCUGAGCGGAUAAUAGAUGUGUGGCCUCUCAACCUGCUCCAGCCAGGUUGCCAGGACUACCAGGAUGUGUGCAGCCUGUUCCUGCUGCAGAUGGCCUGUGUGCUCAACAUGUCCAGCAAAUGGCGUCACGCGAGGAUGAGGAUCUUCCUAAACGUGGAGACUGGCUCCUGUGACCAGGGCUGGGUGGUCAACGAAGAGACGUUUCGGGAGCUGCUGAGGAAGCUGAGGAUCAGGGCUUCCAUAAAGAUUGUGUCGUGGGACUCUGUGGUGCAGCACUACGCCUUGCCAGAGGGGGAGCGUUGGGGAGAGCACGCUCCGGGGUUAUCUGAGGACUUCUUGUCUGCAGUAAAUUGCAUGCUGAUGGAGCACAGCUCUCAGGCUGCUGUUCGCUUCCUGUAUUUACCUCGGCCCCCUGCUGGCCGCAACCAGUCACAGCACUACUUGGCUGAGCUUGAAGCGGUGACCAACGGUUUAGGGCCUACACUGUUGAUUCAUGGGGUCACCCCUGUCACAUACACCGAUCUCUAAGCUGGUUUUGUCUCUUUAAUAAUGUAAAUAUCACAAAUUUAUUUCUUUGUUGAAGUAAAUCUAAGAGGUUCCAGUUCAGCAUCGAAUAUUAUUUAAGAAUACUGUUCUGCAGUAUUUGUUUGUGUUAACAGCUGGAUUAUUUUCUCAGAAACGGUCCAGAUUCAGGCACAGCUUGAAGUGUAACAGGAAACAUUCCUUUUUUAUAAACUUGAAAUGGCUCUGAUAGCCCCAGAAAAAGGCUUCAAUAAAACAGUUGCAGUAAUUGUAAUUCUCCUAAGAACCAACAAGGGAAAUAAAAAACCUUAAAAGAUGAGUUAUAAA